AUGAUCCCAUCCCACCCCGCUUCCUCCCCCAGCCAUGCAGAGUCGCUCGACCUGCCCAAUCUGGUGGGAGGGCAGUCACCCGCAAUACCGCUCACCAGCAAGGGGGAGGAAGCAAGGGUAGGGGUGGGGGGGAGCGAAGCAAGGGCAGUCUUCAUCCUCGCUCCCUCUCUGUACCAACCAUCCGCCCCCUUUCCCUUGCACAACCCCAGCCAUGCAGAGUCACUCGACCUGCCUCAUCUGGUGGGGGGGCAGUCACCCGCAAUACCACUCACCAGCAAGGGGAGGGAGCAGGGGGAGGCAUUAGGACGAUACUUGCUGGAGUUCCAGGGGGUGAUGUUUGACGAGGUGUUUGCGUCGCCCAUCCCCAGGGCGUGGGAGACUGCAUACGCCACAUGCCAGGAGCUUGGCUUCCCACCCAGCCGAAUGCAGGAGGCAGAGGAAUUGAAGGAGCAGAGUUGCGGGCAGUGGGAGGGGAAGAAUCGGGCAGAUGUGUUUCCCACUGACGCCUCUCUUCCACGAAUCACAAGCGCCCAGCCAGAUUUUUUCUGCCCAGGAGGGGAGUCACAGCGGCAG